AUGGCGGCUGUGUCUGGCGGCCAAAAUGCCUUACAAUUUGUACCUUUUUCAAGCGCUGUUGACGCAGCCUUUUGGCACAGACUUACUCAGAACAAGCUGGAAGUAUACCAGUUAGAUGAUAAACCGAAACCUCUCCAAGGAUAUUACGUAAACAGUAAGGGGAGCUUUUGCAGCAGUUCAAAUUAUUUUUAAACACGUAAUUUUGAAAAAAAUAUAUCUAAUAUUAAGUACAUUUUAUCCUAUAUCUCAAAAGUAAUGAUAGCUAAGACGAGCACACAUUAAAUGCACCUAUCAAUAGUUUGCCCGAGGAUUUCAAAUGUCAAUUUCCCCAUCCUUCCAAGGGUCUUCAUUAGGAAUGAAUUUCCCUGGCACCUCUGGGGACCAUAAUAAUUUCAUAAUAAUGUCAACGAACUAAUAGACAUUCACAACACUUAAUUGUAGCACUCAGCAUCGCCAGAGAGUAGUUACUUGGUGACAAAAUAAUGGUAGCUAGAUAUUUUGCAUGGUUGGCAAUUUAACACAAAUUCUAUACUUCUAAAAUACCUGUGAAUUGUUUCACACAGUGUACAGCAAUGCAAAAAUGUGCAGAACAUGUCAUCAUCAAGAGGGGUUAAUGUCUAAGGGCUGAUGUAACUGAGGUCCAGAAUUUCAUUUCAUUUGGCAUUUUGAGUAUAGUAACAAAUCUAACUCAGAAUUACAGGACUAUUAUAUCAAUCAAUCAAUCAAUCUUUAUUCUCCUAAGAUAAAAAGACUUAUCUUAAGUUACAUCAGCAGUUGGGAAUCUAAACCCUGGGGGGGGGGGGGUACUCCCAUACAUUACCUAUACGGGUAUGUGCUGCCCAACCCGGUCGUGGUUUUGAAGCUCCUGAUUUAGAACGGGGUAUCCAUUUUAGAGGUGUUUUCUAGGACAGGGUAUAAUAUUUCGAACACACGAAAACUUCAGUUUUGUAAGCAGCCAUUUGAAAUUAUUUUUUUACUUGUUGCUGAUUAUGAAGAGGCAUUAAUUUGAUGUAUAAGUCGAACAAAUAAAGACAUAUCUUUUUAAAAAAAACAGGGCUAUUUCAAUUUACAAACUUUCUAGAACGGAGUAUAAAAAAUUGGCCCAUUUCUAGAACGGAGUAUCAAUUUUAGGGCGAAUUCUAGAACAGGGUAUAAAAAAUUGACCCAUUUCUAGAACGGGGUAUCAAUUUUAGGGGAAUUUUUUUCAGAAUGGGGUGCCAAUGUCGAGUCCCGGGCGGCACAUACCCACCCCAAAAAAUACCCAAGUGCCCCCCUCCCCCCGGGAUCUUAACAUACAUAAGACAUACUGUAUGCAAAUAAUAGAAAGAUCAAAGAUUAUAUCUAAAAAUAAUCCUAUUUACAAAAACAUUCUUAAAUCUAUCAGUCUUUAUAUCCGGGCAAUAAGCACUUUUGUUUCUGAGUAGAUACUUUCUUUCUUCCUUCUUGGGAAUGAUGUUACUGAGCGGGCAAUCGGGAUCCACUGAACAUACCUUGGAAAGCUUCUUAUCUGCCUUUUCUAAAAGUUCUCGAAUGUCCAUUCUCUUAGAUGUGUAUUUCCUUUUAAAGCAUCUAUCCAGGAAGUUUUGUAUGACCGUGAGAUCUGAGUCUGCAGCUCCAUAAACAGGCAGACCAUAAGUGAAAUUCAGUAAAACUAAGGCGCUAAAUAGGUGGUCCACUUCACCUUGGCUGAAACCUUCCUUCCAUGAAGAUCUUAAUACAAACACACUUAUUUUUAUGUCUCUACAUAUGAUUUUUUUAUCUUUCGCUUUGACGAAAACUUGUCGCAGGGUGGCAUCCAGUGAAAACAUGUAAGUCAAAAGCAAAUUUUGAUAUGAAUAAGCUAUAUUUGUGUGAAUAUGGCUUCGCAAAGCUGAGGGACAAAAUACCUUUUGUUGUAAAAUGGGCAUGAGGGAAACUUCACCCCAUGUAAGGGAAUCCAGAAUCUGGGAAAAUUUUGCUUUUGUAAUCCAUAAUCCAGGAAUUCUUUUGCAUGUCGAAUCUGGAUUUUUUGCUUUGAAAUUCAGAAUACAGCUCAACGAAUCCAGAAACCCAGCAGUGGUUGGAAUCUGGAAUCCAAGUUCUACUGAUAAAGAAUCUAGAAUCCAGUACCUGGAAUCUGGAAUCCACAGUUAAAAUCCAGAAUCCAAGACUGUCUUGGAGCAAGAAACUCAUCCAAGUAACUACUGGGUAUUUUCCAAUAUGGCGGACCGACUUUUGCUCUUUCCCAGGUCUUCUCCACUUUCCAAGAGGCCGCUGAGUCAAAUUUCCCACCCUGGGGACGGUCAUGGAUGUCAAAAUCCCUACCUGGAUACGCUUCAUGAAGUCAAAUUCCCAUGGGUUGCCUGCCCCGUCCCCCCCCCCCCCUCCUGGGGCAAACCAUUGUUAGUUGCAAAAGUAAGAUUGGUUAAUAGUGUGUUUGUUGGUCAGGCUCCUGUAUAAGCAAGCUUAGCUGUCAUUUCAGUCAAGAUACAGUACAGACAAAUGUACUUUAUAAUUAAAAAUUUGUUUAUUGCAAAACCUUGCCAGGCUCAGGUAAAUGGGCAGCAGUCAAAUUAAAGGAAACACAAAUGGACGAACUUCAUAAUGUUAUUAUGGAUUUCCCUAUAUAUAGUCCUAGCCCAUAGGACUGGGACUCAGGUUGAAUGUUCGACAGUGUUUGUAUGGUUUCCAUUUCUUUGCAAAGUGAUUGCAGGGUACAGUACUUUGUGACUGUCACCUGUAGUGUGUUACUGAAAAUUUUCCGUUUUUACGACAGUACACUAAUUCUGAAGGACCUGAGGGAGCACUUAGUCCAUGUGAAAUAGUUAUUGCAUUCUGUUUCAGUUCAAAUGUUUCACACUAUAAACUAUAAAAUAUAUUUUUUGAAGGUAGCCAAUUUUGUAUCAUUGAUUCAAAGGAACUUUAAUUUGACACUUGCAUUAGACUUUUUACAGUCCCCUUUUCUUUCGCUUAAAGAUCAUUGUGUACCGAGAGGGCAGGCAUCGGUGGUGUAGAACGGUUUGGGGAGGGAGGCAAGAAAAAUAGAGGGACUGUCCUAAAGUCACUACAGCUUGAAUUCACGGAGCAUGUUGUAUCAGCAAUGUGGGUGUUUGAUAGGUCUUUGGACAAUAGAUGUUAAUUUGCAUUCAACAACAGGUUUAGUUUAAGCUGCUGGCACUGACAAGUCGCCUUUUCUAUAAAAUGCUUUCAUAAUAUCUGUUUGCCCAACUUAAACUUUUGUGUUUUUUUGGAUCUUCAUCAUUUUGGGCUGACAAAACUGGGGAAGGAAUGAAUUUCUGAUUGGCAUUAAGCAGGGCAGACUCUUAUUGACAUUUUAUGAAAGAGGGAUGACACUCCUGGAUUUAGGAAAGGUCAUUCUACUACAUCUGGUUCACAUCUGUUUUAUUCAGCAUACCUGAUGACAUAUUGAAAGCAAUGAACCUGAGGGAAUGUACUCUGCUUGUCUUUGCCGACUUCUCGAAGGCAUUUGACACUGUAAAAUAUAGGUCUGUCUUUGAGAAAAUGAAUGCUUUUGGUUUCUCAAAGUCAAAGCUUUAAUGGACAGUCAACUACCUCUGUGGAAGAGAGCACUUUGUUCAAAUUGAUGACCAUAUUUCAAAACCUAUUAGCAUUAACUUUGGAGUCCCACAAGGCUCAAUCAUAGGUCCACUCAUUUUUAACUUAUAUGUGGCUGAUCUGCAAGGAAAACUAGAUUGUGCUUGCCAUCAAUAUACGUAAGCUAUCAUGCUUUUGAAACAGCCCAGCCAAGAAAAUGUUGUAACACAGUUUCUGCCGAAGAAAUUGAAAUUAAAGCUUAAAGACGGAGAAAGACGACCCAUGUCANUUUGACACUGUAAAAUAUAGGUCUGUCUUUGAGAAAAUGAAUGCUUUUGGUUUCUCAAAGUCAAAGCUUUAAUGGACAGUCAACUACCUCUGUGGAAGAGAGCACUUUGUUCAAAUUGAUGACCAUAUUUCAAAACCUAUUAGCAUUAACUUUGGAGUCCCACAAGGCUCAAUCAUAGGUCCACUCAUUUUUAACUUAUAUGUGGCUGAUCUGCAAGGAAAACUAGAUUGUGCUUGCCAUCAAUAUACGUAAGCUAUCAUGCUUUUGAAACAGCCCAGCCAAGAAAAUGUUGUAACACAGUUUCUGCCGAAGAAAUUGAAAUUAAAGCUUAAAGACGGAGAAAGACGACCCAUGUCAGAAAUGUAUGGCUUUUUAUCUGGAGGUUUAACCACUUUAAUUUGUGAUGAAGCAAGCAUGCUUGCUGCUUCAAUUAGGAAAAAUAAUGUUUCAACUGUGCAUGUUAGCCUAUUUUAUUUGGAAGAAUGUCUUAUAUGUAGUAACUGUAUUAUAUAAAAUCACUGUUCCAAAAGGAGAUGUUUGUGUUUACAAACACGCAAAAUCUAUGCUAAAAGUGUCUCGCUUGUUUUUCAUCCCAAGUGGAGUUUCUUAAUUAAUGAAUGGUAAAAGGCAUGAAAUUCCUGUCACACCCCCUGAAUGCAUGCUGCAGUGAUGUUAGGAUAGUCCCUCUAUUUUUCUCACCUCCUCCCAAACUGUCCCCUGCCCCCUAAGUAGUUUAGACACUCAUCCGAGAUAGCUGCCCAUAAUGCAAAGCACUCGAUCUCGACUACUGUUUGGAAAAAUAUUGGACUGUGAACAGUCUAUUCUUGUAUCCGUGUAUUAAAUAGCUUUGAGCUAUUAAACUUGCAUUGAAAUAAAUUUUCUCUUUUUCCUACAUGUAGGUGAUCCCGCUGGUCUUCCAUGUCGUUUCAAUUUGGAUUAUCAUGCUUUUUCCACGUGAGUUCUUUAAACCCUGUAUUUAUCCUUUUAAGUUAACUUAUAAUGAUUAUCAUAAUCAUUAUCAUACUAAUUUUCAUUGUCGUGUUAUUCCAAGCUUCCCUUAAAUAUUAUUAUUGUGACUUCUACUGUAGACAUGUGCUUGAUAUAUUAAAUUGUGCAUGCUUGCAUUGUGCAUAAAGCUCUCCAUUCAUCUCCUCUUUCUAUUUCACUGUCCACUCACAGAACUGUUUAGCAGCUGUGCAAGGUUGUUAACAACCUGUGAUAAUUGCCACAGUAGGAUACUUGCCAAGUAUUCCACCUUCCUAUUUGGUACAAUGAAAGAAAAAAAGUACAAUUAAAUUGACACCACUCCACCAUGCUCAGUUGGAACCUUUUGCCAGAAGAAAAAGGAUCGGUUGAUCAAUAAUGACAUGAUACAUAAGGCAACUAAAGCUUUAAUAACAAGGUAACUCACAAGGCCUAAAACAAGGGAAAACAGGCAAGCGAGGCAAGAAGUAGUGGCGUGACCUCUUUCUUGUACAUGUAGUCUCUUUAUCUCGAUGACAGAGCACUGUGAUGGUUCUAGCAGAACAAAUAGCAGACUAUUCACUCCUUUCAACUUAGUAUUAUUGACAUGAAACUUGAACUGCAGUGUAGUGAAGCAGAAAAACGUGUCGUGACUAACAAAUGUUCUAAAAUAUUUAACUUGUUUACCUUUACAUUCAAAAAGUUAACAGCAAUGCCCAACUCACAAAGUAAUCAGUCUUUCAUUGUUGCUUGUACUGGUUGAACAUGAAAUACCAUCCUUAAUAAACUUGACAAAAUACAUAACAGGCAAAAAAAGGGCAGUCUCCUUUCUUCACCAAAAAGCACAUGGUCCUUAGCCUGCAAGGGACAAUUGGGUAACCACAAAGUCUGCAAAGUCUAAAUUUAUUGCGGUGAAAAAAGAAAGAAAAAAAAUUGUUGAACAAAGCUAAAUUCCCAGCACAAACGCAGGCCGGAAGGAAUUACAAUAUACAUAAAUGGCUAACAUAAGCAGGGACAGCAGAGCAUAUUUGAGAGUGGGAGGAGCGGGGGGAUGGGGGGGUCUUGAAAACAAAUGCCUCAGAUGCGUGUUUGUAGGGGGGUCUUGGAGCAUCCUCUAGAGGCUCAGAAAUGGCGUGAGAUAUUUCUUUUAAAAAACUCUGGAUAAAUUGUAAAAUGACAGGAACUUCUAGUGCUUACAGCAAUAUCAUGCAGGUUUUGUAAACUUGAUACAUAUAUUUCUUAGCCUUCCAUAUACCCGCCUUUAGUACACUGGCCUGCAUUUUUAUUCAAGCUCUUCAUGUGCUGGGAAGGAAGCGCACACUGGGAAAAUGUUAAAACAUGUAAACACGAAAAGUUUUCUACAAGCAAAUUGUCAAUUUCUUGUAAAAUCUCGUCACAAAAUAAAGCAAAGUUAUCCAUCGAUCUGAGAAUGUUGUAGAAUGAUACCACUAAAGAACACGUGUGCACACUGUGAUUCCUUUGUGCUAGUCUCCGGUAAAGCAACUUUUUACCUGACCUUUUUCCUUAUAAGCCCGGUGGCUUCUCUUGGGCUUCCUCGCAAUGAGAGUUUAAGUAAUUAGAUUUUAUUUGAUUUGUAUAAUUUUUGGCAAAUAAAACAAUAAAACAAUACUCCUCACAUGUACCUCAUACUAAAAUAAAAUAAAAAUUCAUCUAGAAAAGUGGAGGUGGGGGGCUGGUGAGAUAUGUCCAGGAUUAAUACGAAAGUUACAAAAUUUGCAAAAUUUUACAACAGUGCUUUCAAAAUUGCAAAAACAACGAAAUUUUUCUAGUCUAUUUACAAAAGGGACGAGGGAAUGUAAUUGAGGCUGAGGAAGUCCCUCAACGAAACAGCAAAAGUUACAAAAACUAAAAAAAUUGCUAAAAUAACAAAAAUUACGAAAUUCUGCUAGGCCACUAAUGAAAAGUGCUGAGGAAAUAUAACAGUGAAAAUUAAUGGCCUGGCAAAAUUUCAUAAUUUUUGUUAUUUUUUGCAAUUUUCCUAGUUUUCAUAAUUUUUGAAGCACUGUUGCAAAAUUUGCGAUUUUUGCAAAUUUUUUAACAGAGUUCACUCCUGGACAUAUGUUUUAGCUCUUUUACCGAGUGUAACAUCAUCUUCAAAUCUCUAGUUUGUGAGGAAAUAGCUGUGGAAAUUAUACUCUCUGGACCUUGAACAACCCCUCUCUUUUCAGUGCAGGACUGAAUGCCUGCUAUCCAGCUGGUGCAAAAAUAGGAGAUUCACUCCGUAAAGCUUUGAUAACCUCAUCUAGGAAAUGGUGUUGGGAGGGAGAACCCUUCAAGUGUAUGCCAAAACUGCGAUAAAGCAAAUUUAUUUGCUCUAAGAAUUUGUACAUUGUUUUGCAGUUUCUGGAUCUCUUGUCUUCUUUGUGGUCACUCUUGUAUGAUGUUUAAGACUCUUAUGUUUAUGCUUUCACAUCUUUCCCAUUUCAACAACAUAUUGUCAAUAUCUGAAGGAGGUCAAUACAAUCUUAUACCCAGAGUCUUCAGGCUUUCUGGUCAGCGGGGCAAUGCGUUGCCCCACUGACCAAAAAGCCUCUGGGUACAAGAUUGAGGUCAACAAAGUUGUCUGAAGACGUCUCAGAAUCUCAUGCACUUUAUGUUCAGACAAUCAAGUGAGGGAAAUGUAAGGUCACAUGAAGCAUGCAUACAUAAAUAGGUGAGUGACAAGAUUGUUCCCAGGUCUCCCCGGAGUUGUGUGGGCAUGGGACUCUGUAAAUCUGAUAAAUGAAGUGUAAUGCGAGGCCUUAAGUCUUUUUCUGAAUCUCAAGAAAAUUGACACAAUUGACUACUAUUUGGAUUCAAAUUGGUGACAAAAUUGGCUAAGCCACCCUUCUUUGAUGCUAAUUCUCAGUUUUGUUGUCACUGUUGUCAUUUGACCAGGGGAGGUCGUACCUUGUAGCUAGGUGAAGUAUCAUCCGGAUACACGUGAGGAGAUCAAUCACACUCUUGUGUAAGUUCUUGGUGCAGAAGUAUCCCCACAAAAUCUUAUUGGUGAUUACGUGUAGCCCAAGGGCCUCCUUCUGUUAAAUCCAUAGAUUGUAGGUGUAUUCCCUAAGUUUUGGGCAUUUGAUGCCUUCUGGCCUCCUUAGACCGCCCCUAGCUGGGUGGCUGUCCGCCAUAUUGGCCGCCUUUUCUACGAAGUGUGACAGGAAACCAACUACACAUUGCCCUUGGAAAAAAUUUUCUUUCACGAAUGUGAAUCACAAAGAUAGUUCAGAAACUAUAGAAAGAAUUCCAGAGGAAACAGGACCUUAAUAAAGCCUCAAGGUGAAAUAACUUCAAUUUUCGGGGGCCCUGAAAAUGGCAAAUGAAGAGCAUGAGUUCGCAAUGCAAACUCGGUGGGUGAGAUUCUUUAAGCUCUGUUGCUACUUUUUGGGCCAUGCCACUUGUUAGAAUUUACCCUCACAUCUCUGAUAUUCCUGAACUUGAGCCCAGUACCGAAACAGCCUAAAUGGAGAUCAACCCUCUAUUCCUCAAGCUUGUCAAACCUUUUUCGCUGCUUUCCUUGAUUGUUGAACAUCUUUUUAGCAAAAUGCAAGCCAGGAAUGACACCCCCACUUUGUUAGAAUUUGCGUAUCUGUUUGGUCCCUACCAUAAAGGAACUCCGGAAAGAAUUAAAGGGUAAAUCUCAUGAACUGUGCAUGUGUGAGUCGAAGUGCAAUGCAGAAUUUUUCAAGAUUGAUCUGGCAAAAACAAAAUGGCGGUCACAAGUGGUGGAGCUGGCCAUAGUGGUAAAAGAUAAAAUUUGGGUUGCAAGAGGACAAUCUCUGAUCUGAAGCAGUAUAAAAAAGGUUGGAUUUAGAAGAUAAGAUAUUUCAGUUGUGGCUUCUUGUGAAAUUAGUGGCAGGAUAUGAAGGUUCCAGCAAUCGUAAUUACCCAGCACAUUUGCAUACAGUGAACCCCGUCUUACGGCCUCCUUGAUACGGUCACCUUGUUAUUACGGCCACCUUUGUUGGCCGCGUGGCAAAAUGGCCAUACAUUUUCUUGUAAAAAAUCCUCGUUAAUACGGCCACCUGUUAAUAAGGCCAAAUUUUUUUGGCCCGUUGGUGACCGUAUUAACGGGGUAUCACUGUAUUCUCAUUCUUGUACAUUUUUUUAAUAUUUCAGCCUAAAAUCGGCAGAAAAGUAAGGAUAUUCAGCAUGGACAGGAAAAACAACAUUCUUAUUUAAAAAAGAGAGUGUACCUGUGAAAUUUAACAUCCUGCAAAGGACACUAAUGAGCUGGGUCCAGGAUGACAAAACAUUGCAGGAAACUAUCACAUUCACGGACAUAGGAAAAUCAAUUGGUUAUUCAGAUCUAGAAGGCACUUUAAAGAAAAUUAAACAAAGCAAAACCCUUAUUUAGCCACAAUAGAGAGCUUUACGUUUAAAAAGAAAAUGCCCUUGCAUCAGAGGGCAAAUCCUGCUCACAAUAAACAAACACCAGAGAAGAAACUCAAUAUGCGUGCCAUGACCUCUCAGUGUGAAACAAGUGGCAAAAAUCACAUAUUAUCUCAGUCAAAACUUUAAAACCCUCAAGAGCAUAAUGUACCUGCUAGAGAAAGAAGACGUGUUGGAACAAGCAGCAUUUGGGCGGGUAGUGAAGGUCAUGUUGCUGUUCCCUCCUCUACAUGUAGGUCUCUCCCUCUCCCCCUCUCUCUCCUAAUAUUUUUUCCCGCUUUCUUACUUCACGCAGUACUCCACUAUCUGAAUGCCUGGAACUGGCAAGUCGUGUGUUGACAGCAAUUUCCCAAGAAUGCGCAGCUCAUCAGGGCUCAAAGUUAGCGACCAGCUGGUCGCACAUGCAACUAGAUUCUUAAUUGUGUGCCUAAAAAUUCAUGUGUGAUUGCACUUGCGCGCCUAAAAAUCCUGGAGAUUUGUACGACUGAGCUUAUCACCACUCAACUCUGCUUUCUCACCUGAUCAUCCUAAGAUGACUCUGACUGGUUAGACAUGAAACAGAAACUUGAAAUAAUAAAUUCAAUCGUAGGUAUGACAUAAUCAGGCUCCAAACAAUAAAGUUAUCAUUUUCCUUGCAUCAGCGUGUGUUUUAUUUGUCUUUUUCCGCUGUGGUUCUCCGAGUGCUCCAUGUUUCCAUUCCAUCCCAGCCCUUUUCGGUUUUUUUCGAAGACUCCGCUGACACUUGCGAGUGAAGACCACCUUUAAAAACACGUGCUUCUUGGCAAUCGAGUUCACCGGUCGAUGUGAAAGGUCAAGCCAGAGGCAAGAAUGUCUAAACAACCUGGGUUAAGAGACUUUUUUUCUUCAAGGUGAGAACAAUUGAAAUAAAACAAUGAAUAAAAGAAGACCUAAUCUGCAUCAGUAUGGAAGGGCCAGAAUUACAAUCUUUUGACCCAACUCCAACAGUUGUCAAGUGGUUUAGCAGUGGUAAGAGACCAAGGCGUCCCAACCUUACUUACAGAAGGUGGCCAGAUGAACUAAUUUCAGUUGCUUACUCAUGGGACUCACCGGAUUUUGUAUGAUCGAGUUAAUGUUGUAUUAACGACGUGGUUCUACAUCCAAGUCUAUAUCAGCUUUAAACUACAAGUGUAUUGCAAAUCAAAUGAAAGUUGUGAGCAGUAAACUGGCAGUGUAUAUUUUCUUAGUUAUUCACGUUCAUUUCAAAGGAAAUGAAUACGGAAUUUUUCUGUUGCCUUAAACGUACCAUGAAGUGUAAUACUUCUUGAGAUUGAGAAGGUUAAUUUAAAAAAAAACGUAACAGUAUUAUUGUUAUCUCCAAUGUAGAGUAAUAGCCUGAAGGUAGGAACAAACACAGAUUCGUUCAAAAUAAAAGAUAACGUGCAUGCAAAUAAAUGAUUACUUAUACAACCUCUGAGCUUUCUGAUUUUUUUUGGUGCCUCAAAUUUUUAGCUGUGCACCUAGAAUUUUGGCAGUGCCCGUAGAAGUUUACACCUGGUAGCACAAGUGCUCCCAAGCCAAAAAUAAACUUUGAGCCCUGCUCAUGAGACUACCUCUUUAACCAAAUUGUGGUUACCUUUAAUUCACUGGCAGUGGGUCACUUAAUGAACAAUGUGAUCACCUACCCCCUCAAUUUGCAGAGUAGCCAAGCAUCCCCAAAUCAUCAGUUGUUAAAAUGGCCAAAAAGGAUCUAGAAACCCUUCCUAAUUGGAGGGAUGCAUUUAACAGUCCGACAGCUAACUGUUAGAAACUAGAGGACAAAAGACAAUGUGGGAAUACUUCUUCUGUAUGCUUACACGCCUGUUCUGGUAAUUUUCCAAGAUGUGACAAAGUCACUGUUCGGUUGACCAGCUAAGCAGUUUGAUUGUGUGAUUGAACUGUAUGGGACUUUAGGGCCAAUUGGCCUACUAGAGCUACUAACAGCAGUGCGCACCAUUUCUUCAGCAUUUUUUCAAAUCAUAAUGGUCUGGAUGAACUUUUGUAUAUUUGAUAUGACAUAGCUGUGAUCCCUGGGUCUUUCAAGUGCUGAUUUACAUAUUCUUCCACUCAUUCCUGAUGAUGAUCACCAGCAGCAUCAUCAGCAGAACAUUGUCAUCAUCAUCAUCAUUUGAUAUCAAACACCAUGAAUGUAUUGGUAUUUGGUCAGCAGGGAUUGAUCUUCUCAAGAUAUCUAGGGGUCACUGGCUAUGCAACAAGGCCAUUAACUCAGUCCAUUUUUGAUUCCCUUUCACCCCCUCCUAAUAGUGUGAGCUGAUAAAAGCAAACUUGAUUUCUGGAUUGCUCCAAAUAAUACAUUAUUCAAAGUACUUUUUCUUAUUUCUGUUAUUGAUAAUUUGUUAUCAUUUUUCAGGGACAGGCGUGUGCCUCUCAAGACAUUUCCACUGCAAGGUACUUUGAUCAAUACCAACACCAUUGAAGCAUUUAGAACUCUUGAUAAAAAGGAGUUGAUCCAUUCAACUGGAAGACAGGUACUCUCUAUUUUAUAUGACCUAUGAUUUACUUAGUGCCAUUGGCUAAUAUGAUAUGUUUCAGGGAGAAAUUUGAAAACGCCUCCACUGAAAGAAAAAGAGAUAUUAUUAUUCACACUAAACUGACUGACUAAUCCCGAUUUCUUAAACCCUCCAAUUUUUCAAAAUUCUCAAUGAUUCAAACCAAACCUAACUUCCCAUCACCAGUCAAAUACUGCAAGUUUACUUCAAUUUUUUAAACCUUUCAAUGAUGCAAGGAAUGCUUCAAUUCAUGCCUACAACCAAGACAGAGGACUAGAAAAUUAUUGUGAUUGUCACAUUACCGGUAACCACUAUGAACCAUGUUACUGUAUAUACCCCAAUUCUCCAUAACAGCCAUGUGGAAUCACGUCCCUUAUACAACUUGUGGCAUCAUUGGUUUCAGUGCUCAUAAAGAACCUUAAACUUUUGAAGGAGAAUGAGAGCAAACUGAGCCAAUUCAGCCAUACAGACUAGAAAAAAUAGUGAAAUUGUGACCUGAAAAUUCAAAUGAAAAUCUUGUUCCACUACCUACUUGUGCUUUGGAUCAUUCCUUAGGCAGUUUUGAGAAUUGUUUCCCACUGACACAAGAAACCUAGAUAAUGCCCUAAUAAAUAAGGGAAAAUGUGGGAAUAAAGAAAAGUGAAGGAAUCAGAGAAGGGAGCUGCAAAAGGGAAAUGUCAAGGGCAGUAUGACUUUUUGUCCAAAAACUAUGUACAAAUUUUGCCUUUUGCACGUGCUGGGACUUCUAGAGCUCUAAUAAGGGUAUGAUCUAUAUAAAUUCAAAUAAACUGGAAAACAAGUACUUGUAAAUUUCCAAAUGGAAGAUAAAAAUUUUCUAUCCACACUAAUCUAGAUAAUAUUACACCUGUAUUUAUUUACUUUAGUAUGGAUGGCAAGCCUUGUAAGAACUACAUGUAGACUCACUGAAAGGCGAUUUCAACUGGGAUGUAAUAAUACUGUACAGCUGCCCGCCUCUUCUCAGAAAAAAUCACUCCUAGACCAUAAAUCUAUUAAAGCAAAUCUGUAGACAACGAUAUUGAGAGUGAUAAUUUGUCGGAAACCCAUUCACAACAACCUAGACCAUACAGAAUUAUCGGUACUGCAUGAAGGUGGUAAGUUAACCAGAACAGACAGGGAACAGCUUUUGAGAAGAAAAGAACCAACUAUAUUACCCAUCAAGAUAAACGGGCGAGACUGAUAAAGAUGAUCAAUAGAAGCACAAAAAUUGACCUUUGUAUAGUUAAAACCCUGAAUAUACUUGAUAGACUUUCAGUAAAAUACGGGUGAUUCACAUAAAAAGGAAUGCUUGUUUAAGCGAGCUGUAAACUUUCAAAGUUUAUCAAGUGGUAACUUUAAGCUCUAGGAUGCCAACUCACCAAACCUUGCACUAGUAAGUAACUUGAUUGCCUGAGUACUCUAUUUCUCUUUCUCGUUUGAAAUUAAAGCUCCCGGUGAAGCUUUACGUUCUCAAAGCUUUGCCACUUAUUUGUCCUCUUGCCAAGCAAUGAGACUAUGAGAUGAACUUGUGUGCAAAGUUCUUAAAGUUCCUUUUUUCGAGAUUUAGACCUCCAACGAGGCAUGUCAGAGAAAGAAAUCAAUUUUUAAACGGAAUCUGCAAAGAUGGACAAACGUGCUUUAUGGAUCACACAACGCCCUCUGUGUUACUGGGUUAAUCAUUGAUAGUGUUCAUUGUCUGACGGAGAAAUCAACUGAUUUUAUAAACUGGGCACAGGCAGCCCAGUUACCAAACCUGUGCCGUAAAGGACUAAAUGUGGUGUAGUGCAGAAAAGGUCUUUUUAGCGUUAUGAACAAAGGCCUGCAUAGUGACUUAUAAACAUCAUUUUGGGUAGUUUAAUUAAUAAUUGUUUUUAGGCCAAAUUCAGAGUAUAUUAAGCAAAGCUCGUUGAGGCUUUAACUUAUUUGGAUCAGACUUGACAAUGUGUAGUUAUCUAGAAAAGAUCUAUUUUGAUACAGAUAUGGGAUGCUAUAUGUUCAGGAAGAGCUGUGGAAGAUCCAUCAUUGCUUUGCCAGUUUGCACUUCUAACCUUUGCAGUAAGUUACUCUAUCCAACCCUUUCUUUUAUCAACUCCACCAUAACUACCAAAAAUGGUAAAAUAAAUCAAUAGCAAUUAAUUAAUUGUGUCUGACAUGAGGGGAAUGCAACACAUAAUCUUAAGGUUUUUUGGGUGGCUUGAUUUAAGUACAAUGGGACCUCAAUUUAACGAAUCUCUAUAUAACAAAGUCCUCGGUAUAACGAACUGUUUUUUUUUAACCCCAGUAAUUAAAAAUAUAUGGAAAAAAACCUCAGUAUAACAAAACCUUCUUAUAGCGAACAUAUUUUCCCAGUCCUGUAGCCCUCUGUCAUAUCAAGGUUCCACUGUAUUUAAAGGAAUUUUUUGGGUAUUAAAAACAAUCUGAAGAUUCGUGGUUACCCAGGUAUCCUGGCCUCAUUCAUUUGCAUUGUAAAAACAAUAGGUGGGUUCACACUGGACUUUUCAAGUGCACUUGAGACUAACUUGUGUGUGAACAGGUCCUGUUUGACUUGACUGAUCUUGACUAUUCGUACUUAGUUGCCACAGAAACUUCAAAACCUCAAAGUGCUAAAGUGCGCUCUCAAGUAAGGUCAAAACCUUCCUUGACACUGCACUUAUCCAAUCAAAGCAUCGGAGGUAUAUUAUCAAAGUGUCAAUCAUCCUGAGCCGCAAAUUUCACUCUAGCAAGCAUGCAAGUGAGAAAUGAUUAAUGAUUGAGGAUACUGAUCUCCACAAAAUGUAGGUAGGUUGUAAUUGGUAUGCCCUAACAGUGCUGUUCAAGAGAUUAUAUUUACUUGUAACCGUUCCUUGUGACCUUGACUGCAAAUAGACGCAGAAACCUCAAUCAAACCAUGUCACAGAGCCCCGACUAAACUUCCCCUGUGUUUAUUUGAGAAUGUAAAUGAACCUUUUUAACUUGUACACUAGCUUGUCUUGCAACAGUUUAAUAUGUUUUUUUUGUUUUGUUUUGUUGGUAUCUGUGAUAAGGACCUCAAGAAGUACAAAUUUUACUAUUGGUUUGCUUUCCCUGCCCUGUGUCCUGAUGUUAAUGCUACCAGUGUGACAUCUCCCAUCUUGCUUGCUGAUUACUUCACCAAAUCACAGGUACCUCUGAAAUUAAACUUCUUAGUUUUAUUUGUAACUUUGUAUCCUGUAAUAUUAUUAUCUUCUAAUCUCACACAUUGUUUACAGUGGUUUUGUUGCAGGUUCACAUCAACCUUUUAGCUUCUCAUUAUAUUCUCCUUUGUCAUACAAAUGAAAUGUGACUAUGUAUGUUUGCAUGCUUGUGUGCAUACAUAUUCAUAGCUACAUUGGUGAGCGUACAUUGGUGAAUAACAUGGUGACUGAAUAGACCUUGUCACAGUUUUCGACGCCAUCUUGACAAGUAGGCAAACGUGUGAGAAAUUACAGUGUUUGUAUGAGAAUCUAAUGUCGAAUGAUUUCCGUAAAAUGGCCGUUCUGAAAAAAAUAUGACUUGUAAACUAAAGCUACAAAACAAAGGAUUAUACUUAAAAAUUUUUUUGGGCGUACUUGUGCUUAAAUUUCUCCAGAGGCUUGCUUUAGAUUUUCCAUACAUUUGUCUCUAAUUUUUCCCGGGACUUCCUUACAGACAAAUGUAUAGAAAAUUUUAAAACGUGGUUCUAAGUCUUCAAGCGCAUCUAACCCCCGCAAUUUUUUUGAGUAGAUUCUUUAGGAGUGAAGCUUUAGUUUACAAUUCAUUUUUUUUUUAGAAGCGCCAUUCAACGGAAAUUAUUCGACAUUAGAUUCUCAUACAAACACUGUAAUUUCUGACGUGUUUGCCUACUCGUCGAGAUGGCGUCGAAAACCGUGACAAGGUCUAUACCUUGAAGGUGAUUCUCUUAGUAAUUUUGUCUAGGAGACUAGGUGUCUCAUACAUGUACAGCCAACUCUUGCCCUGCGGACACCUCGCUGUAAAGGACGCCCCGAUAAUACAGACUGCAGCUAAAUCCCUGGCAGAAAUAAAUUACAGACAUUUGACUUAAAUAUACUCCGGCCAUUACAGACUCUCGAGGUACCUACAGUGUCCGUAAUAAAGGGAGUUGACUGCAUAAAGUUUCCUAGGAUAGCAUAGAAAAACUUCAUGGAAAGUUAAGGUUUAGUUUUAAUGAUCUAUUUUCCUUUUUCUCGGUAGAUUUCAAAGCUUCAAUCAUCCUAUGAUUCCCUACUUAAUAUUGAUGGCUCUAGUAAGUACAUUUUAAAACAUUGAUUUUUUGAUGUAAUUUAGCACAAAUGUGUGUAGUUGGCCUGCGUGGCACAUGCAUGAGAAAUGAUUUUAGGGAGAGGAUGCAUUGUGCAUCAUUUAUCUAGUGUCCAAUAUAAUAUGUACCUAAACAGUGGAAGAUUUUUAAUAGUUUUGUUAGAAGUGGGUCGAUCAUUUGUUCGACAUUCUGUUGAACUGUGAUUUACAUGUGCAUUCUUUCAACAGGCCCUGGGUUUUUUCUUGUGAAAGUUUCUGAAGGUGACAUUUCUAUGGCUCAUAUAAAAGAAUGGAAGGAAUUUUUUCAAGAAGGUGACUCAGAGGUAAAGGUUUAAAAACCUCAAUUUCUACAAGAGUUUUUCACUCUGAGUUAUUCUGUUUAAUAAAUCUCUCGCCAUCACAGAGACCCUUUUGUGUUAUAGGGCGACUGAGGAAAGGAAAAAGGAAAGUGCAGUUCCUAUUUUUUUAUUGUUAUUUGCCGUAAUGGUUCGAUUGAGCGCCCGGGGUGCUUAUUUACUUUUGUUACCUCAAGGGAGGGCACCUGUUCGAGACUGGGCACUUAUUUCUUUUUUGAGAAACAACUGAAUGUUCAAAACAGAAAAAGGGACAAUAACAGAAACUGUAUCAGUAACAAAUAUACGGUGAAUGUUCAGGUAACGUGAGAAACUCAGACGAAAUCACUGUUUUGUACUGUUCGUUUGUGAGAAAUUAAAGGAAGAUGAACUUCAGUUGACACGUACCCGUACUCUAAUAUUAUAGUAUAAGACUUGAGGCGCUUAGCAGAAUGGGGGCGCUUAUUAACAAAAACACCUUUGAAGAGGGGCGCUUAUUCGAAAGGGGGGGGGGGGGCACUUAUUGAAAGGAGGGCGCUAAAUCGAAUCAUUACAGUAGUGGAAAACCCAGCAGGAGCCGCCGGGAGGAGAAAGUCUAGUAAAAAAAUAACAAUUCUACCACCAGUCACAGUUAGUUAAUUUAAACCUCACACCCCUCAAACAGCCAGUUUAUUGACACACUCUUUUUACAACUUUGUUAAGGGAAAAAGAAAAAAGAAUACAUUUUUUUGUUAGUGUGGUAUGAGAAAAAUAAAGAGAAAAGAAAGUUGGGUUGCAACCUCCCCGUAUUAUAAUUUUAAAGUAAGAGGGUUGGGGGGGAGAGAAGGGGGGGGGGGGAUAUAAAAAAACACCCCUUGGAGGGGGGGGGGUUCUGGGAGGGGGGGGGGGGGGGGCACUUAUUGAAAGGAGGGCGCUAAAUCGAAUCAUUACAGUAUUGGAAUACCCAGCAGGAGCCGCCGGGAGGAGAAAGUCUAGUAGAAAAAUAACUAUUCUACCAUCAGUCACAGUUAGUUAAUUUAAACCUCACACCUCUCAAACAGCCAUGUUAUUGACACAUGCUUUGUACCACUUUCGAUGUCAUCAGUCUUAAUGUUUUAAUACAACUCAUAUGUUCAACUUGUCCCAGAAACAAUUCUUCUAAUCCACGGCGAAAUGAGCGUGUUUGGCGUCAUUCAAACAGGCCAGGCAAAAAACACAAUAGUCAGCUAUCUUGCCUUGGAAUUCCUGCUCCUAACUACAAAAUAGGAAUUUGUAGGUGUUUCCUAUCCAUUUAGGCAAAAAAACAAAAUUUUCCAUAGAUGUGAAUGUUAUCUAAAUACGUUUUGAUUGUCAUUAACCCCCCCCAAAAAAUCACAGCAUAUACAGAAAGUCACUUAACCAUAGGUUACUUAUUUCAAUCUAAUUUGUGCUCUACAGAUUAUGGUAGGAUUUGCUGAUCCUUGUACAAUGCCCCAACAUCCAGGCUGGCCUCUCAGAAACUUUCUUGCCUUGCUUGUUCAUCAGUGGUCAGUUCAAGUUCAAAUUGUUGACUAAGAAAUCAAACGUGUUCUUUUAAAGAUGCAUGAACACCUUAAAACCAUGGAGGAUGAACUGUUUGAGUGUUUUAAAUUCAGUUUUUGCCCAGUGUGACUUAGGUGACACCCAACCAUUUUCUCCAUCUCACUCAUUAUAUGAUUAAUCCUUUAAGGUGUUUUAACUAUCUUUAGUUUUAGCUUGAUUUGAUAUUGUUAGUUUAAGGACUGUUGCUGUGAGUUUUACUUUACAUUAGCGAGAUAUAUACACUGAUUACCAAUGACAGGGUAACUUGAAUUUUAUUGAUGCAGAAUUCUAGUUAACGAUGAAAAGUUGACAUUCGGAGCCUCACUUGUGGCUAAAAUAGCACUAUAUUUAUGACCCUUCCAUUACUAGAGCUCUGACAAAGGGCUAGCAUGCACUUGAGAGAGAUCAGUUUUUCAAUCUUUUCCAUAGACUACCGACGAGCAGUCUCUCUUUUUUCUUACAAACCAGUUAAAAGAUUUAAAAGAAUCAUUAAUUUACGAACUUGAACAAUACUCGAGACGAGACUGCUUGGAAAUUCGGGGUAUUCCAAAGAAUUCUAGUGGCAUGCGGGAAGAUACAAACAAAAUUGUUGUUGAGCUAGGUCGAAAGAUUGGAAUUGACCUGAAAAAAGAGGAUAUAUCAACGAGCCAUAGUCUUCCGAGUAAAGUGAAAGCGAACGGAGAAAGAGCUCUGGUCCCACCUGCCAUCAUUGUAAAGUUUACGAGCCGGGAUGUUCGUGAGAAACUUUAUCGAGCCAGGAAGGUCCUCAAGCAAGACUUAGGCAUUGCCAAGGAGAAUAGAAUCUGUAUAAUGAAAGUCUUACUCAAAGCAACAAGGAUCAACAUGAAGGUAGCAAGGUAAUCCAGAUCACCAAUGCUAAAGCCUUGCACAAAACAGGCGAAGAAAUGUCCUACGCUCAAGUAAUGAUACCACCAUAGUCAUGAAUUGUCUUUCCCUUAGGUGUAAAAACAAUAAUGUUGUUGACGUUUAACGGGACAGACUUUGCGUAUUUGCUUGUUCUUGAGAUUACCUCCCCCCCUACUAGUAUUGACCAUCUUGCUAGCUCUGAUGUUGAUCUCUACUUACCCCAUGAUCUGAAUUUUCAGUACUAUAUAUAAUUCUCAUGAAUUUCAUGAUAAUCAUUAUAUAAAUGAAUAUUUUUCUGAGAAAUGCUUUUCUGCUUUGCACUACAAAAUUAGGAAAUAACUUGACAAAGAAUAUUCCUAAUGUAAUAAAUCCCCACUUCAGUAUCUCACAGCUCCAUCCCAAGAUAGUUUCUUUCUAUUUUUCACAACAACAGGUGAAAUUGAAUUUUACAUUAUUGGGCUAAAUGCUAACAAGUCCACUGGGCCUUACAGCAAACCAGUUGUUAUUUUAAAGCUACCAAACAUGUUAUAUCUGCACCUCUAGAAAUUAUAUUCAGUGCUUCCUUUUCUACUGGAAUUGUCCCAGAUUUAUUUAAAAUAGCUAAAGUUACCUCUGUUUUUUAAAAAGGGAGGGCAAACAAGUUUAAAUAAUUAUCGUCCUAUUUCUGUUCUCUCAAUAUUCAACAAACUGUUAGAAACGUUAAUGUUUAAGAGAAUACUAGAAUUUUUGGAGAAGGAAAUAGUUUUGGCUUCCGUGCGAAACACUCCACGGAUCAUGCUAUCCUAGGCAUCAUUGACUUGAUUCAACAUGCAAUUGAGUGCCAGGAAUUUUCUUGUGGUAUAUUUUUGGAUUUCAGUAAAGCCUUUGAUACUGUAAAUCAUAAAUCUCGAUUGAAAAAAUUGAUUAUUAUUACAUUCAUGAUGUAACCAAAGGUUGGUUCACCUCUCAUCUUACCAACAGCUAUCAAUAUAUUUCCUUGGGGAAAACUGAGUCUGAACUUCAACCAGUUUCUUGUGAUGUUCCUCAAGGCUUAGUUCUUGGCCCACUAUUAUCUCUUGUAUAUAUCAAUGUUUUUAGUAACUGCUCUGAAAUUCUAGAUUUUCAUUUAUUUACAGAUGAUGUCAAUCUAUUUAUAAACACAAAAAGGCCUUAAAUCCAAAGUAAAAAAUGAACGAGUAAAUAUUCAUACUUGGUUGAGUGCUAACAAACUUUCUCUUAAUACUGAUAAGUCAAACUUUGCCUCAUUUUCCACCCACCACAAAGAAAGUUACCCUUUCAUGUCACUCUCUCUUUAAAUGGCAUAAACUUAAACCAAGAGUACUCAGUAUAAUAUCUAGGUAUAAUAAUAGAUUCUAAUUUAUCAUAAAAAGGCAAGUUAGCUAUAUUGCUAAAACGAUUAAGCGCAAUAUUGGGAUUCUUUCUAAACUUCGUUAUUAUGUGAAUUCAGGUCUGCUGGUUAAACUACAUUAUGCCUUAAUAUAUCCCUUCUUAAGGGUAACACCUAUUCUUCAACUACCCAGCCUUUGUUCAUUUUACAAAAGAGAGCAAUGCGAGUGAUGACUUUCUCUUAAUUUCAUGAGCAUUCUUGUCCAAUUUCAAAACACUUAAAUAUUGUUAAACUGCGCAUGCCUGACCUUGUCUUUCUUAAUAUUGCAGUCUUUAUGUAUAAAUUUCACAAUACACGUCCACCAUCUGUGUUUGAUACUGUCUUCACACAACUCAAUAAAAGACAACUGUAAUACAAGAAGUGCCUCGAAUAUGUUCUAUACUUUACCUGAAGUAAGAACAAAUUAUGGAAUAUUCAACAUAAGAUUCAAGGGCCUCAAAGUAUGGAACUGAGUUAGUGAAAAUUUGAAAACCUUCUCUAUUUCAAACUUCAAGGAAUCAGUAAAGAGCGAUUUCGUCAAAGAUUAUUAGCUACUUGUAUUCUUAUUAGUAGUUGUGUUGUUUUGUUUCCCAAAUUACCUGUAAAUUAGUCGUACGUGCACUCCCCUCACUAAAUCUGAAGAAAAAGAGAGACUGCUCGCAGUCUAUCUUUUUCAGUCGUUAAUUAACUUUGAUAACUCAUUUGAUAAAACUGCCGAAGUUUAGACUUAUUGUGCGUGGAAAGUGAAGUUUUAAAUCGUAAACAACAUGGCUGUAGCAGCACUAUUAUGUACUGCAGUAUCGCAUCAUUCUGUUGCAGGGGCUCCUUGGUUACAAGUGUCAAGAUUCUUUGCUGGCGUGAUCAAGUGAGAUCUGGCAAAAGAGACACUUCUCAUAGCUUGGUUUUAAAUGUCAAUCUACCAUCAUACACAAAAGCUGGUAAAUAAAGAUGAUAAUGGUGUUGGGAACAAUGCUUGCAAUACACACAUGUCGUGUAAUGUACUAAUGUAGACUGGUUUUUACAUGAUAUCACCAAAAUUCAAUCGAAAGAAUGACCAAUUUCCCUGCGUUUUUACGUUAAUGAACUAUUAAAGCAGCUUAAGUCUUAUAUUUUUACAAAUGUUUGCUUUAAAAGGGGUUGUUCUUUUUGUGAUAGAGUACACUUAAAUUUCUACGCUUUCGCAUGACGCGGCAUUUAUAUUGCGGUUAAGGGAGCUGUCAUGGAGGUUAACAAGGUGACUUAUCUUGCGGGAUUUUGCUAUCUGAGCAGAACUUGUAUCAGAAAAAGUAUUUAAUGUUUAUGAGUUUCUCAUGCGACGAAGUCACGCUUUUGUAGCUAAGCUCAAUGACAAAAGUUUCUUUUGGUUUCCGGCCACCAUGUCGGUCUCAGAGGGACAACAACAUGGCUUCUCCAUAGAAAACUCUAUAAAUUUAGGUAAAUCAUUUCCCUGAAAAUCUCGCAUAUGCGAAAUUGUCAGGGGCACCCAACGACAGUUUUUGGAAAAUAUCUGUUCGGAAGACGAAUUGAGAUCUAGAAUUUUCGGAACAUUUGUUGUUAAAUGUCUUGCUUGCGUGCCUCUCCUAGGAUUUUCGAACCCCCCCCCAAAAAUGGUAUAAUUGCCCAUUUUUAACGGAUUUUUACCCUAAAAAGGUGACCUAGAAUUUUCGGAAGCACCUGUGGCAGCUAAAGGAGGCAAAUAAGGAAUUCAAUAUCACGUGGAAAAUACUCGACAAAGCAAAAUCUAACACCAACCUUACAAAACGUUGCAAUCUAUGUACAACAGAGAAGUUCUUUUUAAUCUGUAGGCCUCACAUGGCAACACUGAACAAGCGCAACGAACUUGUCUCUACGUGCAGACAUCGACGCAAGUUCAUCCUAAGGUACAAUCGAACAUCUGAAAGCCAGAGAUUGUAUCGCGAGCUUUCGUGCGCCUUAGGUUUCGUAUAAGAGUUGUAGGCGAUUGAGAGCAAGCGCGCGCUUUUCAUUCUAAAAUUUCUUAAAAAUUUAAAUUUCAAACGUUAUAUGUAACCGUUUUUAUCACGCGAUCACCUUUCUUGAUGUAGACCCUGACGCUUCAGUGUUAUAAUGAAGUUUAACUGAAGAGUGGGUCACUUUCUCGGUGGCCUACGAAACAGGCUUGUAUUAAACACUGAUGCACUCAGGGUUUGAGUAGUUCACCUACUGGUCUAUUCCGCUCCUUCACUGCAAGUAGAGCACUGUCUUGGCUUCGCCGGUGAACAUCUAACUGAAUAUAUAUUAUAUAUAUGGGAAGUCUGUGUUUCGAUUUUUCCGUAGUAGAGUGCUCGAUACGUUUUUUUCCUACUUCCAAUAUUUAUAUUAUAUAUAUAUAUAUAUUAUUUUUGAUGAUGGCGUGACAGUGACUUACUUGCAUGCAACCAUUCUGUCUGAAGAGGGUGUCACUGCAUACGUUUAAGCCGCACUUUAAAUCUCCUUGUAUUUGUUCCAGUCAAAAUCUACUUCUAAGUGGUUUUGUUAGUGCUAAUUACAGGUGUAUGAAUUUCUUCUCUAUCUCCAUUACAACCAACAUCUCUUUAAAUGUUCUCAAAACAUAGCCAAAGUCUUAAUGAUGCAGACAGUUUCGAUAACUGCCAGCCAUCUUUGUCAAAAUUCCAUGCAACCAAUGCAAAAAGGUAUACGUCGGUGAAACAGGGAGACAGCUGAGAACCAGGAUCACAGAACACAGAAAGGAAGCAGAAAAUAUCUCUGACAGAAAUUUCACAAGAUCCACCCGCAGAGCUUCUACCAAUGAGCACCAUAAAUCAGCAAUAACAGACCACGUCUGUCAGAACAAUCAUAUUGUGAAUUGGGAAGCAAGUCAAAAAGUUGAGCAGGAAAGCGACAAGUUUAAGAGAUGGAUCAAGGAAAGCAUAUGCAUUAGAUCGAACACUCCUACUAUGAACACGGACGAGAGAGCCUAUCAGCUUUCUCCCAUAUGGUCACAAGAAUUUUCCACCCCCAAACCAGGGGAGGGGGCGUCUACAGAAUGACUUGGCGCGUUUAUCGCAAUAAUUAACACCUUCAGAAGCCUAUUUAAGGCUUCUGACACCUUUGACGAUGUCCAAGUUUUGACAAAGAUGGCUGACAGUCAUCGAAACUGUCCGCAUCAUUAAGACUUUAAGACUUUGGCUUUGUUUUUAGAACAUUUAAAGAGAGAUUAACUGUACUAGCCUGAUGAAUUUUUUCAAGAGAUUACCACCAACAACCAUCAUUAGGGAGGCAAUGGUGGCGUAGUGGUGAGAACACUUGCCUUCUACCAGCGUGGCCUGGGUUCAGUUCUAGACGUCGAAGCGACAUGUGGGUUGAGUUUGUUGUUGGUUCUCUCCUUUGGUCUGAGAAGGUUUUCUCCGGGUACUCUGGUUUCCCCUUCUCCUCAAAAUCCAACAUUUCUAAAUUCCCAAUUCAACCAGGAAUGGUAGACUAAGAACUACUAGUAUGUGGAGGUGCUACCUCUAAAGUGUUAUUUAUUUAUUAUUUAUUUAUUUAUUUAUUUAUUUAUUUAUUUAUUUAUUUAUUUAUUACUGUAACAUUAAUUUAGCCUCCUCCUUGUCCAACUUUUUGUCAUAGAAAUAAAAUGUAUUGGCUGGGAAAAAAAUAAAAGUCAGAAGCUUGUACCAAGGAUGGUGGAUCUAAGUGCCACAAUGGACCCUGAAAGGUAAUCAACUUAUCCGAUAUCACAAAUUGUAAUGAAGUGAAUUGACCAAGUCUGAAUCUUGAUGUUAAUUUGCAGAUUGGCCUCUUCAUCAGUGGACUUGAACCUUAAGUUAAUGCAGUGGAGACUCUUGCCCUCGCUAGAUCUCGACAAAAUCUCACAAACGAAGUGUCUUCUCCUAGGGGCUGGAACGCUUGGCUGCAAUGUCGCACGAUGCCUUCUGGUAUGAACGUAAACAAUCUAUAGUAUGUAAGGUAGUUAUUGUUUUGUUCAGUUUACCGGUCCCUGGCAGGUAUUACCACCCUUGCUUGGUCGAGGAAUAGAAACGAGACAAUAAACAUGCCCUGGUUCUCCACGUUAGGGGUUAAGCGGGGGGCUAACCAUCCACGACUCUCUACAAAGUUGAUAAGGGUUGCACGCUGAAAUGUUCGACCGAAUGAUGGAUGGUAGAAAAAAGAGGACUGAAUUUGGGUAGAGAAGCUACUUUUAUUGAGCCAAAAGUAGGCCUAAAUUGAGUUCUUUAGUAAGAGAAGUAUGCGCCACUGGGAACAAGUUGUUGUUGAUGAUGAUGAUGAUGAUGAUGAUGAUGAUGAUGACGAUGAUGAUGAUGAUGACAUGAAAGUAUGGAGCAGAACAUAGUAUUAUUAUCACAGGGAUACCAAAUGUUGGUAAUUGCAUUCAGUAAUGCCAACGCCAACUUACUGGCACAUACACUCACAGAUGUUUGUAAAUAUCUUCAUCUCCUUAUCUUUUAAGGGAUGGGGUGUUCGCACAAUAACCUUUGUUGACAAUGGAAGAAUCUCGUUUUCCAAUCCUGUGCGCCAAACACUGUUUGAGUUUUUGGAUUGUCAGGACGGAGGCAAGCUCAAGGCUGAAACCGCUGCUUCUGCCUUAAAAAGGAUAUUUCCUGGUGUGGUAAGACAUGAUUAUUGUUUAAAACACCCCAAUUCUAGAAUACGAGUAGUGUCAAGUUUUCCUUUGGGAUAGAAAAGCGAGUGAAAUACGCUAACACUCGAGUUUUUAUAACUAGAAGUGUCCGAGUCAGAUCUGACUAGCCAAUGAGAUGCAGUUCCUAUACUCGCAGCCCUAUUUUGUUAUUACUGACGUUUUUGGUGACGACCUGAACACCACUUAAACAGCAGAACAGUAAUCGAGACGAUUCUAGUAAACAGAGGUUUGGUCUUGGUGAUGUUAAAAUUUGAAUGGUCUGACUAAUUGAAUCGAGCCAUUGCUUUAGACUUCCUGAGUAGGAGAUCUAUCCGCCUCUACAUUUACAUUUACUAAUUGACAACGCUUUCGCAUCAAGUCAAUAUAAAUUAAAUAAAUUACAAUAUCAGAAAUACAAUAAUAGAAUAAACAUGAAAUAAAAGAAAUAAGCAUAAGGGAGAUAAGUAUCAUCUGCACAUAUUUAAUGAUCAGAAUUUGACAAGUGCUACUAACAUAGCAUGUUACUGGAUUACUUUCAGAAUGCGUCAUCUGUUCAGCUGUCAAUACCUAUGCCUGGACAUUCUGUUGGCCAGUUAGGUAAAAAGUAUUCACUCAGGUGUUUCGAUACAGUUUUUCAGAGGCCAUACCGAUAUUUUUCAAUCGCCUUAAAAGUGGUUUUUUCCUUGUCCGAUCGCUAUAAAAUUUUCACCAGUAACUGGCUAUGGAUUGAAAUUUGCGAAAAUGUAGUUUUACGUAAAAUAGAUAUUACUAUGACAACAAUAACCAAAAAACUUUGAAAUUGAUAAAAAGCCGAAUUUUGAGUGAUCGAGACCAGCUACUGAAAAUCCAACACUAGGAACUUAAAGUUUGGUGUUUAGAAAACAAUCUCCGUAAGAAGUAAAAAAAUUCUGUACGUUUGAAUUCGACUAAAACGAAAAUAUAUUUUAAACCUUAAAUUUUCAAUAGCUGUGAUAGAUUAUUUAAUAUAAGCGUUAUAAAUGACUCAAAUUAUUCUUAAGUAGCGUCAGAAUGCUGCUUAAUAUCAUAUUUUGAUGCUAGGAAAUAUUGGUGUAUUUUCGUUCUUGCGAUCUUGAAAACUAUCCCGUUUUCUCACCACCUGUAUAAGUGCAACUUCAUUCAAAAUUUGGACUUUUAGCGCUUCUUUGUAUAUCUCUGAAACGACUAGAACGAAGUCUCAGACAUUAUUAUAUACAUUAUGGAGAUUAUGUGAAGAUAUUUAACAGAAAUUCGUUCGAGUCGUUUUCCAGUAGCUGGUCUAGAUCGCGCAAAAUUAGGCGUUUAUCAAUUUGAAAGUUUUUUUGUUUAUUAUUGUCAUAGUAAUAUCGAUUUUACUAAAACCUACAUUUUGACAAAUUUCAAUCUAUAGUCAAUCAUUGGUGAAAAUUUUAUAGCCGGUGAUUAGACAAGCUGGCGAUAAAAUCACUUGAGAAAUAUCGGUAUGGCUUCUGAAAAACUACAUCGAAACACCUUAAAUAAACUCAUGCGUUAACUUUUAUGGAACACUAAAUUGCAGUUUUUUAUUUAUCUCCUCUAGUGAUCAUCUGUUGUGAAGUUUUGCGAUUUGUAAUUAAUGGAUUUUGUUUUAUGGUUUCAGAGGAAGCAGAGAAAGUAAAACGAGAUGUGAGUAGACUUGAAGAACUUAUUGAAAGUCACGAUGCAGUUUUCCUGUUGAUGGACACACGGGAGAGCCGAUGGUUACCCACAGUAUUAAGCGCUGUAAAAAACAAGGUAUAUAACAAAACUACAAUGUCAAUCCCAUUUACAUCUUAUAAUUUCAAGGCCCAAUGAUGUCUGUAAGAAUGGCUGUAGUCGACGACGGCUUUUUGAGCUGUGUAAGCUGUUAUUAGGGACCGGUCAUUUUUUUAUCGGUUGGGGGGUACUGGUGGGAUUUGAGCCUGGGCCACGAAAAUAACUGCUUUAAAGGGGACGGGGGCAGGGGUGAAGAGCAAAAUAUUGGGUGUAAAGGGGGGAUUACCAAAAAAAUUGUCUCGCAGUGACGGCAUCUGUAGUACUGCAAACAGCCUACCAGAAUGCCGAAAACCAGCGUUUCUGACGUUCGGAAAGUUCAGUUUUUCCCGGGAAAACAUGCUUCUUUUGGUUAGCUAGUUUGGUCGAGCGCAAGCACGGACAACAUGGAUUCUCUUUGGCCAGUCACUUUGGUCUAGCAUUGCCGUUCUGAGUUCUCCGAUAGAGGCGAGCCCAGUGUCCUUAAGCAGAGUGUGCAUGUACGUAACGUGGUCCUAGGUCUUCCUCUCUUAGUCUGCAAGUUCCCUACUUUAUUAUGCGCCAAAAAGCAAUCCUACCCACUAAAAGACAAAAAGAUAACAUACAAAAUCGGGCGUUUCAUUGGGAAAAAAUAACGUUCACUGUGGCAUUUUUCAUUUUUGUUCUUCAUUCUUUCCCUCUUUCUUUCUUUCUUUUUUUCUUGGUGGGGAGGGGGGGGGGGGGGAGGGGGGGGGGGGGCGACCCCAUUAGAUUGGGGCAACAGGAGGGGCCGCGCCCCAAAAAAACAAAUUAGAGGGGGGGUUAGUUGUUCACCCUUGGCGCUCCCCUCCGACUCACCCCGCUCAUCCCCUCCCCCCUUCUUUCUUUUUUUCUUGGUGGGGAGGGGGGGGGGGGAGAGGGGGGCCGGGGGUCAUCUCAAUUAAUUUGGGAUACAGGGAGGGUCGGCACCCAAAAAUUAUAAUGAAGAGGAGGGGUCAUCGUAUACUCCAGGAGCUGCCCGUCAAAUCCCACCAGUCCUCUCCUCCCCCGCCGUAAAAAGUGAGCGGUCCCUUACCUAGCAAAGCUUUAACGCCUUAAACAACUGGAAUGGCGAAUAGACAUGACUCAGUAAAUAUUUCGUUUGAUUUCAUAUUCCAAUAACAACAACGGCCACACGAACAGAGGAUGAUCCACCUGUGGCUUUUCUUUUUCCUCUUAUUAAUGAAAGUGGAAACAAACAAUUCUUUUAAUCUUCUGUGACUGCUUACAUCUGCUGCGAUCUUGUUGUUUAAUACUGUUACCGUUGUUCUCAGCUUGUGAUCACGGCAGCACUUGGCUUUGAUACAUUUCUUGUCAUGCGACAUGGUUCAAGGGAAGCAGGAAACGUCGUAUCACAGGGAACAGCUCCUUUCAGUGCAAUUCCAGGCUCCUCGCUUGGUUGCUAUUUCUGUAAUGAUGUUGUGGCUCCUGGAGAUGUAAGUUUGUUGCUAGAAAAACUGGCUUUGUGUAUUGCCUCUGACCUAGUCUUGGUAUCUCGCAUCAAGAAGAGAAGAUCAAAUUCGAAUACAAUUGGUAUUGUUUUCUGUUGUAGAAUUGGCCAUAUUUGGUCAUUUUUGAAAUGGCUCGGUAAAGAAUGGUGUCUUCACACGUGCAAAAUUCCGACAACUACCGAGGCGGCAAAUUUGAAACUUCGGCGAGGUGAAGUAAUGAACAAUAAUGUAAUUUGUGUAAAUUAGAAUUGACAUAAAUUACUAUUUUGCUGGCACGGAACGGAGAGCUGGGUUCUAGUGUAGCGCGCAAGGUUUCGCGGUUAGGGGGUUUGAUUUAGUGACUGUUUAAUUAUGCGUGUGGUAAACCGCCUCUAAAGAGAGCUGUUGUAUUGUCAAAUCUGUAUUAAGGGCUCAUCCUCUAUUAAGCGAUCACUUACCAAAGUCCCGGAAAUAAUUUCUGUAGUGUAAAACUGAUCCCUAUUAGGCUGUCGCGAUUACCUUUUCCAAGGUCCCAACAACUUAUUUAUUAAUUAUUCUCCUUUCAAAAUAUUCUCCGUUUUUGAUUGGCUCAAAUCUAUAACCAGCUAGCGUUGAACAAAUGUGAUAUCCGAUAUUUAAAAUGACGUCAAUAGUGCAGACUAUGGCCAGAAAAGGGUAACGCAACCUAGAAACCUUUGGAGCGAGAUUGUUUUAACUCAGUCGUUUUGGUAGAGUUAGAGAAAAUUGCGGAAACUUUCAUACGUUUGGCGGAGAAGAAAUAGCCGAACUUCUGCCUAAAAGCAUAGCAUAACCGGGCUGCAUUAAACGGUCAACCUGUCACCAAGGGUGACUGUUGCUUAACACAGGUUUGACUGUAUAUGGUUAUACACAAGUAAAUUAAAAAUGUUUCGUAUUUGCUUACUCGCAGUCCACCCGUGAUCGCACCUUGGAUCAGCAAUGUACCGUGUCCAGACCAGGCAUGUCUUACAUUGCAAGUGCUCUAGCAGUAGAGCUCUUGGUCUCUCUAACGCAGCAUCCUUUAGGGUACGUUUGGUUGUCAUGUUAUCACUGAAUGAUCGACUAUUACCCAUAAAAAUUGGAUGGACUAUUUAAAUAAUGGUGUGAUAUUCGUCAGCGACACCAUUAAUUAACCAUUAAAUAACUAAGCUUUGGACAUCGGUUUGCUCUCACUGAGGACUGAACAAAAGACCUUGCGGAAUGGAGUGAAUUUAAAGGGCUAUACUUCCCUUCAUAUGUGAAGAGAAACUGGUCGUAGAGGUGCUAAUCUGUUCCUCUUCCAACGUAAGCCCCCAAUCCCUUGUGUGCGGGAGCACUGUGUAUAUGUAACAGUCCCUCAGAAAGCCUUGGAUAUAUCCCAUUGGUGUGUAAUCUGUCUGUUGUGUAAUGAACCUGCUUCAUUUAUCACGCUGAAUUAGGUGUUACUUAAUGGAGGGCCUUAUUUGGCCAACAUUUUAGCUUGGUGGUCCUUAUAAUCCGCUGUUUCUUUUACACAGAUCGUUUUACUGUAGCAUGCGCAGUAUAUUCCUUUGUACGGUAGAAAGGUUUUAAGUUAAUAAUUGUCAUAGUAUUUCUUAAUUGUUGUGUUCCGUUUGUAGGGAUGGGGCUGCAGCUGAUACGAGUGCAAAAGAUGCACACCUAACAGCUGAACUCGAAUGUCAUCUGGGAUUAGUACCGCACCAGGUGAGACCGAUCUCUUUGAAAUAGUGUUGUAAUUGCAAUUAUUGCUUAGCCCCAAAAUAGCUCCCUUUCUGAUGGGCUUAAAUCUCCCGGUAAUUCUUCAUAACCAGCUACCGUUGGCCACACUGAUUUGGAAGAUUUUGCUGAUAUUCUUAAAUACGGUUAAUAGACCUUUCUAUCUUAAAAUAUUUUUUCCCAAUUUAGACCACGUGAUGUUCUUAAAGGAAUUUGUCUUUUUUGUUUUCAUGAAUUAUGCAUCCGAACGCUCGUGGACAGGACAACGAUUGAAGGAAACAGUUCCCUGGGCUACCAUUUCGUGAUUUGAAGGAAUAUAUCGAACAUGAGACUAAGCGUUUCAUCCCCAGAAGAGAGUUGAAAAUACGACGCGCAGCGGAGUAUUUUUGACGAGGUGUUUCAUCUGGUGAUGAAACACUGUGUCGAAUGCUUGAUAAUUUCUUCUUAAACAAAACGAUUUUAGGAGUAGAAAUUAAGGAUGCAAAAAUGAGCACUUUUUCAUCUAAUUUCUAAACACUCAUUGAACAUUAAUUUCCUUUGUAUUUUCUUUAUGAGUUAUUGAUGAAUUUGAGAAAUGGGAAAACAAAGCAUGCAACCUGAAAAGGUCUAUUGUUUAAAAAAGGGACUGCAGAAGGCGCGGCAGCUAAGCUGUUUUCGGUAAAGCUGGAAAAAUUGGUGGAAAAUUUCAUAAGUUUUACAGAAAUGGAAAGGAAAUAGCCGAACUAUGGCUUAAAAUAAUAAUUCCUCGCAAAGCGUUUCGCGAAAGCGAGUUUAUAAUUUUGUCCUGCGCGGAUCGCGUGAGGAUCGCAAGCGGAGUGCGAUUUUCCUGGCUACUCAAACUCCGGAUAUGCAGUGCUAUUCACUAAUUCACUUCCAGCUCUUUCGAGCAAGCGACGCCAAGCUCGCGUACGUUACGAUUAAAAUGGCUUCCCGGUCGGCUGCCGCAACAAAAAAAGAAAUUUCACAAAUAAUGAAACAAGCUGUCCCUGAAAUACACGAAGAAGGUGACGAAUUUUAACAGGUAAAGCUUUGUCUGUUUGACUUGAAUUUAUCGAUGAAACUGGUGAAAAAGUUUUUUGUUUACAAGCGCAAGUCUUGCGUUAGUCUUAAAGUCUCUUGCGUUUUAAGUCUUGCGUUAAAUGCCGAGAAUUGCAAGCUGUACGACGUCGUCUGCAAGAGACUUCGCGGCGGUUUUUCUAGCCUGCGAGCAAGCUCUCUAUUUGGCGGGUAUCGUGAAAGGUGGACGCGCGAGAGGCACGCGAGAGGAGACGCGAAGGCAGAGUCGGGGGAGAGAAAGGCCUCUCGGCCCCUCGCGGUUCCGCCACUCGCUCGUGCGUUCUCCUGCGGCUCGCUUCGCUCGCCCAAACAGGAGAGCUUGCUCUCAGGCUACGGUUUUGCGAGACACCUUUAUAAUAUCGCUUUAUCCGCCAUAUGUUCUUGGUCUUUACAUGCGGCCAAAUGAGUUUAAGUACGGCUCUUACCGUCAAAGCUCUGCUUAUUUUCCUCGAAUACAUCUUUGAAUAAAAAAAUACAGCUCUACCAGCUUCAAACAGCGUCUACCGGCAGAAUUUCAUGGGCAAAAACGUUAAACGUAAUUAAUUUAACAUGCACAUUUAACAUUUGGUGUCGUGGUGCUAUAGACAAGGCGAUGACAUUACACGUUAAUGGUCGAGGGUUCGACUUCGCCGGGGGAAAUUUUUUUCUCUUCUGCUUUUGGUAGCCUGCGAGAGCAUCCAGUGUUUUCGGCUCUAGUUUCACCCGCCGAGAAAAUAUUUUUCGAAGGGAGAGAAGCGACGACCGGAAUACGUCUGCGGUUCGCAGGCUAUCUUUUUGGUCGUAUUGUUUUUGUUUUCUUUGUUUUGUUUUGUUUUUACAAUAUUUUACCUGUUAAUUAUUAACCAACAAAGAUCAGAAUGCAUGCGUGACAAAGAGGCGAUUACUAGUAAUCGGCUCCUGCAUGCAUGUAGUUUUUUCGGCGGUGAAUGGGAUGUUGUCCAGCUCUUUAGAUUCUCACGGGAUAGAGAUCAGCCAUUUUCAUCUGGUCAAUUGUAUCGAUUGUGGACAGUAUGUUGUCAACACUUCAAGCAUCAGCUAAUCGUAGUUUUGAUUUGUUAGGGCAACACAUAAUUCAUUUGCUGUGGGUGUGGGAGCAGUCUCUCUUUUUUCUUCUUGGGCUGCCUUGCUCGCCCUCGCGUGCACUCUCCUCACUAAAUCUGAAGAAAAAGAGAGACUGCUUGCAGUCUACGUGUUUGUUGUCCGGUGAUUCUGUUUACCGUGAAAGCAAGUCAUUUGCCCAACGUGAUAAGGCUGUAGAUUGUCCGUGGAAGGUGCCCAACACUUCCGCUUUAAUUAUUGACCAGAAAUCACGACGAAACUAAAAAGAUGUUUAACUCGAAAUAAUCCCAGACAGAGCUCACGUCAAUGGUCUCAUUUUUGCUGCACCAAUUGUGACAUCACAUAGGUAUUAAAAAGCUCAUUUGUUAAUUUGUUUUGUAGAUUCGCGGUUUUUUGUCAAGAUAUCACUUAGUUCUUCCUGCCAGUCUGGCCUUUGACAAGUGUAUUGCCUGUUCUUCUAAGGUGAGACAGUUCAUUGAAUAUUCUUGACGUCGGCGUUAGUAUGUCUUUUCCCUUGCUAUUACCGUUGUGACUGAUGCUGAGAUGAAAAUGUGUGACAAUAAGUAGAGGAUAUUACACGGUGGCGCGAAGAUAUGAAUUUUAUUUUCGAGUGGCAAAACAAUAUUCUACGAACGAGCGCAUCGAGUGAGUAAAAUAUUGUUUUUGCGACGAGAAAAUAAAAUUCAUAUCUUCAAGCGGCCGUGUAAUGUUCUUUUUAUUAUAUAGAUAAAAAGACAUUGAUAAAAUAAUAGAUUUUUAUUUGCCAAAAAGUAAUUGUGACGGCUCAGAUUUACAGCACAGCAACAUAAGACAUUGGUUACAAUAAUCUUAAGAAAUAAUACUGAACUGAAUAGGGCUCUACAAUGACAAAAUAUAAGCAAAACUUUGAAAAAUGUGUAAGUAAAAUUCAAGACGCAAGACGCCUACAAAUUUCGAAGGAAAAUUACCGAAAUUAUGUUAUCGAUAAACUCACGUGUGAGAUUAUGGAAAAUAAACCACUCGGGUCCCGGAUGUAGUUUUUAUGAAUUUUACGAGUGGCAUAUUUUCCAGUAAAACACUUGUGUCUAUAUAAUAACAAAGAGUAAUUGUAAUACAUAUAAAUACAUACAUAUUUUAUUUGAGUAGGUUUUAGGAAGGCAGCCAAAAGCUGAUGACGACCUACUAGUACAAAUAAUUACAGCUAAUUACAAAAUAGAGAUAGCAAGAAAUAAAACUAAUAAUUUUAAUAACAGCAGCUAAGUCGAAUGUAAUAGCCGUUCUGUUGUCGAAAAAGUUGAUAAAGAAGCAAAGAGAUUGCAAAAAAUUCAAGUGAAGGCCUCAAAUGGCGAGAGCGAGAAAAAUCAUGACCAGCCGCCAUGAAAAUAUACAUGAAAACUAACCAACCUAAAGUUCCUUUUUUUACGCACAGCACAAGCCAUGAAUAUAAUGAUCAAAGUUCUCCUUAUCGGAACGUUAGUCAGCCAACCCACUCGAAUUCGUGAGGCGAAGUAAUUUGUCUGUUUUAUUUACCUAAACCACAUAGCCAAGUAAGAGAGGUGGUUGAAUAUAUUUUGUCAUAGUUCAAGAGGAACUUUGGGUACUAUAGGUUUUUUCUCGCGUGCGGCGGGAUGUUUUACUGUCGGCUUGCGGCCGACACAUCUUCAGCCGAAGGCUGAAGCCACGAUCGGCAAAGCUUUUCGCGCGUGUCACUAUAAAGACUUGACCUAAACUUAGACCGCAAGCGGUCGUCCAUCUUCCUCAGAGCCACGCGCGGCGAGCGUAAACGCAAGCUUCGCCGUUCGCCCCUCACGCGUGCUCUUUAUCUACUGCGACUUAAAACAAAAAUAAGAGACUCCUCGCAGUCUAACCUAAACUGGAACCGCUCAUGAAAAGUAUCUGGAAACCACCGUAGCGAAAAUACUGUCAAGUUCUAAGAAACUGAAAUUCUUUCCUAUAUGGAGUACAUUUUCAACCCUUUCACCGCACGAAUCCGUAACUAUUGUCAUUUUCAAGGACUUUUUGCGUGCAUUUGACUUUUGGAUACUCAAAUUUGCUUUAUAUCCAGGUGCUAUCAAGCUACAGAGAAGAUGAAUUUUCCUUUCUCAUGAAGGUUUUUAAUGUUCCAAGCUACUUAGAGGACCUAACGGGUCUAACACAACUACUACAGGAUACAAGAGUUAGUGAGGUAAGUCAAUAA